GUCUCCCUGUAGAAGGUCACUUUGUUUCCGCUUCAAGCUGUAGCGCGGCGGUGCUCAGUCGACCAAGGACCGUACAUGGGUGUGGGGGUGGUAGGAUACUAAAGGCCCCUGUGUUCUCCAGUCAUGAGCCCGGACGUCGCUGGGACACGAUCGGAGGGCUGGGUCUAGCCUCCGUUGCCGAUCCCUCGUGAGGACGAAAUCUAGAGGUGGAGGCAAAAGCAGAAAUGGCUGGUUCUCAGGUCUCCUCCUGUCAAAGCCAGACCUGAUCAUGUUUUUGGAGCAAGAGAAGCAGCUCUGGGAUGUGAAGAGAAAGGAGUCCAGAGGCUCCCAUCCAGAAUUUCAUGGGUCAAGUUUUGUCUUACUCUGGUCUCAACAUCAGCGAAUGCAUACUAGAGAAAAAGUAUACAAAUGUGACGAAGGUGGUCAAACCUUGAAGGACAGUUCAUCAAUAAAUGGACAUUUGCAGAUCUCUACUGGAGAGGAACAUUACCAAUGUCAGGAAUGUGACAAUGCUUCUACAUUGCACUCAGCGAAUCCUGGAUAUCACCAAAUUUAUACAGGAGAGAAACCUUACAAAUGUCAAGAAUGUGGCAAGCCUUUGAACAGUCAUUCAAGUCUGAAUAGACAUCACCAAAUUCAUAUUGUAGGGGAAAAUUACAAGUGUAAGAAAUGUGCCAAAGCCUUUAAAUCACACUCAAAACUUACUGAACAUCACAGAAUUCAUAGUGGAGAAAAACCAUACCAGUGUCAAGAAUGUGGCAAGACCUUUAAGCAGAAUUCACACCUCAGUCGACACAGCAGAACUCAUGCUAGAGCAAAACGCUAUAAAUACCAAGAAUGUGGGAAGGCCGUUAAUGGGAGCUCAAGGCUUACACAACAUCAGAGAAUUCAUACUGGAGAAAAACCUUACCAAUGUCAAGAAUGUGGCAAGGCCUUUAACCACAGGUCACCCUUUAUUCGACAUCACAGAAGUCACACUGGAGAGAAACGUUACCAAUGUCAAGAAUGUGGUAAGGCCUUUAUUGACAGCGGUGCCCUUGUUCGACAUCACAGAAUUCAUACUGGAGAGAAACCUUACCAAUGUCAAGAAUGUGGCAAGGCCUUUAACGUGCACUCACACCUCACUCGACAUAAGAGAACUCAUACUAGAGCAAAACGGUAUUAAUAUCAAGAAUGUGGGAAGGCUAUUAAGUGAAGCUCAAGCCUUACUCAACAUCAGAGAAUUCAUAUUGGAGAAAAACCUCACCAAUGUCAAGAAUGUGGCAAGGCCUUUAACCAUAAGUCACCCCUUAUUCGACAUCACAGAAUUCACACUGGAGAGAAAUGUUACCAAUGUCAGGAAUGUGGCAAGGCCUUUGUUGACAUCAGGACCCUUACUCGACAUCACAGAAUUCAUACUGGAGAAAAACCUUACCAGUGUGAAGAAUGUGGCAAGGCCUUUACCCACCUUUCUCAACUUACUCGACAUCACAGAAUUCAUAUUAGAGGAAAAACUUUAUGUCCAGAAUGUGGCAAAGCCUUUAAUGAAAGCCCAACCUUUACUCAACAUCACAGAAUUCAUACUGGGGAUAAACCUUAGUAUCAUGAAUGUGGCAAGCGUGUUAACCAUAGCUCAGCCCUUAUUCAAUAUCACAGAAUUCAUACUUGAGGGAAACCACAUCAAUAUCACAAAUUUUCAAAACCUUUAUAAUCACUCAAUCCUCACUAAUCAUCAUCAAAAUUCAUACUAGAUAGAAAGCUUACUAGUGUACACAAUGCAAUAAAAGGGGCACCUGUGUGGCUCAGUCGGUUAGGGUGCUCACUCUGGCUCAGUUUAUGAUCCCAGGGU